AUGAUGAUGUUGUCCGAAGACGACGUGCUGGACGCGGCGAUCAUGGACAGCCUCUUGGACUCGGUCCUGGCAGCAUCGCCACGCCCCAACUACCAAGUGCGUCAGCGGCACGAGCUUGUGCAACUGCGCGACGAGGCGGUGACGCUCGCGGCGCACCUCUCGGCGCUGCGCAGCAUCAAGCGCGUCGAGGUCGAGGCAAGCGCCGGCGCGUGGGAAAAGAUUGCACGCAACCAAAAGCUUGCGCUGGACACAGCGCUGCUUGAGAACACGCGCUUGAAGCGGGCCCUCGAAGACCAUCUCGAGUUUGCCGAUGCGCUUCAGCAUGCGAUGACGAAGCGACCACGCCUCUCUUCGAUGGCAGCCGCCGACUUUGUCGACUGGAAAGUCCGCCGGUUACCGCUCGACCCCCUCGGCCGCCGCGCUGCGUUUGACGGUAUGCUCAACGAUGCCUACAACUCAAUCGAGACACUUUACGUGCGGUCCGGCAUCCUUGACGCCGCGAGCGGCCACCACGUGGUAAAGGUCCACGAAGCCGUCGACGCGCUCUGCGUCAACAUGCGCAGCGUCGCCGAGGUCGCCAAAGACCACUUUGCCUGCAGCGACUCGGUCUGGACCUUUAUGCAGAGCAAGAGCAACGACGUGUUGCCGCACGUCACGUUCGAGGUUGUCGAGACAUUUGGAGACGACGGUAUUUACAUUCGUAUCACGGCCGCGGCGCAGGCUGGCACACCCUGCACGCACCUCAUGUUCGCCAUGAAGCGGUUUGUGGAAAUCGACAAGAUCACGCUUGUGCUCAAGACGUUCCUGGAAGACGCCAGCCACAAGCCGCCCCCGGGUGUCCUCAUCGGCAACCACACAGCCUGCGUCGUUUUCGAGGCACUGGACGACCACCGAACGUGCCGGCGGUUCUGCGCCGAGGGCAAGUUCCCAACGAAUGUGCCGGCUGCAAAUCCGCUCUUGCUCGAGGCACUGCCACCGUCGGACGCAUUAGCCAACUUUAUGGAGCCCAUCUUUACGGCCCUCGAAGAAAGUCUGCAAUAA